AGCAUUUUCGACAUAGCAACGACGCCCGCCCAAAUCGUGAAAUUAACGAACUCACGACAAAUCCCGCCCAACACCGAACCCCUCGCCAACACUCCCUUCGACAACAGACGCCAUGCCCGGGGUUAAAGCAGCACAACUGUGGCCUAAGUCCAAGGAGGAUCUCGGCAAGCAGCUCGAUGAGCUGAAGAACGAGCUCGUCACUCUUCGCGUCCAGAAGAUUGCCGGUGGUGCUUCCUCCAAGCUCACCAAGAUCCACGAUGUCCGCAAGUCGAUCGCCCGUACCUUGACCAUCCUCAACGCCAAGCAGAGGCAGCAGCUCCGUCUGUUCUACAAGACCAAGAAGUACAUGCCGCUUGACCUCCGUCCCAAGCAGACCCGUGCUAUCCGUCGGCGUCUCACCAAGCACGAGUCUUCCCUGAAGACUCAGAAGGCUACCAAGAAGGCUACCUACUUCCCUCAGAGGAAGUACGCCAUCAAGGCGUAAAGGGCUGGGCAUUCUCUUGGGGUAUCGGGCUUUUUUUUUCGAUGGCGUUUCGCAAUGAUAAUUAAAAAAUACUCCGCGAAAUGAGAUAGUCAUCGAAAUCUUGGUGGCCACCUUGGUGCGCAACGUGAUAGGGUGUGUAGGGCAGACUACGUUCUGUGCCAGCCAUGGUCGAGCGGGACUACAUGUAACUGCCAGAAUACCAAAUAUCGCCCCUUGAGGCCACAGAAAUAUCACGACACAGUUGUACCUAC